AUGGUUAGACAUGAUGGUGAGUACUAUGCUGACCCUAUGAAUGUCUCAGAGAGGUUCAUCAGAUUAGUAGCUCUUCAUGAUAAUGUUAAAGAUCCAUCAGCAGUGACCUUAAAAUCAUCAUUUGACUAACUACAUCUCAACAGUCUUGACAUUUCUGAGAUUCUCCUUGCUGCUGAGAGAGAAUUUGAUCUCGAAAUUUCAGACGAUGACUGCGAGUCAUUCCACUCUGUUAAUGAUGUGGUCGAAUUCCUUGUUAGAAAUUUCCACACUAAAUGA